UGUGUCACUCCUCCCCUACAACCUACAACUCAGCUCCCAUUUGCUGGCUACUUUCAUCAGCACGUAAAAGACUGAACCAGAGUACAGUAUUACAUACACUGCUGCAGAUCACAAGGCAAAGGAAAUUACAAUCAAAAUCCAAGAAACCGAAGAAUGGAUCCCAGCCAGUUUUCCAAUCAGCCUCCAGAAGCCUACAAUUCAUCUGAGAAAUCAGGGAUGCCUACAGCAGCACCACCAGCAUACCAGCACAAUCCUGCUGGAUAUCCUCCUUCCUUUCCAAACCAGCCGGUCCCCCAGGGCCCCUACACCCAGGGACCAUAUCCAGGACAGCCUGUGGUCACUGUGCAGCCUGCAGUUUUUGUGACUGCUGCUCCACUGGCUGAUCCAGUGCCAGAUUACCUGGGUUACUCCAUCUUCACCAUGCUGUGCUGCUGCUUACCUCUGGGCAUCGCUGCGCUGAUUUACUCCAUCUCUACUCGAGAUGCCUACUACUCAGGACAGCGAGAAUUAGCAGAGAAGAACUCCAAAAUGGCACGUACCCUAAAUCACAUCGGCCUUGGUAUUGGCCUUGUUUUCAUUGUAUUGGUCAUUAUCACCCAGAUUGUGAUUUGGACUACUAGAUAAAAGCUGUUAGAACUGACAUGGUUGGAUGCAGAUUGCAAACAGAUUUGUUUUUCUGUAUUUUAAAUGUUACUAGCACAAUUUAUCAGUACUCUAAUAUGCGUUAAGGCCUAUUGUUGUAUGUUUAAACCAAUGAAGGCUACCACACAGUUGUCUUUAGGCUACUUCUGUAAUGUGUUGUUCAGACUUUUUGCUUAUGUUACAUAUCUUCUGUGCUGCUGUGCUAAUUUUAUAUACAGAAAUAAAACAUAGCAUAUAUGUGUACUUUUUUAGGUACAUAUGUACAUAAAUCUGUA